GCCGCCGAGGCCGCGCCGCGCCCGGGACAUGCGGCCGCCCCCGCCGGCGAGGAGGCGAUGAGGCUCCGCAGCGGCACGGCGCUCACGCUGCUGCUCGGCUGCCUGUGCGCGCUGCUCUCGCUCUCCUGGUACGGCGCCUUCGGCGGGCACAAAGGUGACAUUGUGGACAUCUACCAGCGGGAGUUCCUGGCGCUCAGGGACCGGCUGCACACGGCCGAGCAGGAGAGCCUGAAGCGCUCCAAGGAGCUCAACCUGGUCCUGGAGGAGAUCAAGAGAGCCCUGUCGGAGAAGCAGGCCCUGAGGGACAUAAACCGGACCUGGAGCAGCUUAUCUGACGAAACCAAGUUAAAACUGUGGAAUAUCACCAACAAGAAUGUGCUGCACCUUCCCACCAUCUUCCAUCAUUUGCCACAUUUGCUGUCAAAGGAGAACAGUCUGCAGCCAGCCGUGCAUGUGGGACAGGGGCGCACUGGAGUGUCCGUCGUGAUGGGAAUCCCCAGCGUGAAGCGGGAGGUGCAUUCCUACCUCACCGACACCCUCAACUCCCUCAUCUCAGAGCUCACUCAGCAGGAGAAGGAGGACUCUGUCAUCGUUGUCCUCAUUGCUGAGACAGAUCCACAGUACACAGCCGGAGUGGCAGAAAAUAUCAAAAACUUAUUCCCGAAGGAAAUACACUCAGGUCUCCUGGAGGUAAUUUCCCCAUCUCCACAUUUCUAUCCUGAUUUCUCCCACCUGCGGGAAUCCUUUGGAGACCCCAAGGAAAGAGUCAGGUGGAGGACAAAGCAGAACCUGGACUACUGCUUUUUAAUGAUGUAUGCCCAGUCCAAAGGCAUUUAUUAUGUGCAGCUGGAGGAUGACAUUGUGGCCAAACCAAACUAUCUCAGCACGAUGAAGAACUUUGCCUUGCAGCAGCCCUCUGAAGAGUGGAUGAUCCUGGAGUUCUCUCAGCUGGGGUUCAUUGGAAAAAUGUUCAAGUCUCUGGAUCUGAGCUUGAUUGUGGAGUUCAUCCUGAUGUUCUAUAAGGACAAACCCAUUGACUGGCUGCUGGAUCACAUCCUCUGGGUGAAAGUCUGCAACCCUGAGAAAGAUGCAAAACACUGCGACAGGCAGAAGGCAAACCUGAGGAUCCGCUUCAAGCCCUCGCUCUUCCAGCACGUGGGAACCCACUCCUCCUUGGCUGGGAAGAUACAGAAGCUGAAGGACAAGGACUUUGGAAAACAUGCACUGCGGAAAGAGCACGUCAACCCUCCUGCUGAGGUGAGCACCAGCCUGAAAACCUACCAGCACUUCACCCUGGAGAAGGCUUACCUGCGGGAGGACUUCUUCUGGGCCUUCACUCCCACUGCCGGCGACUUCAUCCGCUUCAGAUUCUUCAAACCACUGCGAAUUGAAAGGUUCUUCUUCCGCAGCGGGAACAUCGAGCACCCAGAGGACAAACUCUUCAACACGACCGUGGAGGUGCUGCCGUUUGACAGUCUACAGUCAGAUAAGGAAGCCUUGCAGGAGGGAAGAGGCACAGCUGCCAAAUACCGCAGGACAGCGGAUGGCUACGUCCAGAUAGGCUCGUUCUCCAAGGGGGUCGCAGAGGGUGAGGUGGACCCAUCUUUUGGGCCCCUGGAGGCCAUCAGGCUGUCCAUCCAGACCGACUCCCCGGUGUGGAUCAUCCUGAGCGAGAUUUUUAUCAAAAAAGCAGAGUGAACAGGCAUGAGGCAGAACCCGGACCAGGACAGCGCAGGGCCAGCAGAGCUGCUGCUGCUGUGCAUCCCCAGCGGGGCCAGGACGGGCAUUGACUCCUCCUGAAGAGGAGCAGAAAGCAGAACCCAACCCCCUGUGCUGAGGGGGGGCUUUGCUCCACUCCCUCGGGGUGCUGCUGCUGCUCGGACACACGGACACGGGACAGUGUGGGGUCGGGAUGAGCUUUAGCCAGCGUGGGGACAAAGAGCACCUUCAGCCCCAGACAGGGCUCAAACCUUUGGCUGGGUUUGGGGACAGAGCAGGUCACACCAAGUCCUGCCAGCUGACCCCACUGGCGUGCUGGGAUGGAGGCGGCGGGGCCCGAGGUCUGCCUUGCCCUCUCCCAGGCAGCAGUCCUGGCCACGGCUGAGGAUUAAGUGAGGGCAAAGACUGACCCUCCUUUAGCAGAGGAGGAACGAAUCCAAAGGGGUUGGAGCUAUGAUUAUGGCAGGGAAAACAAAAAAAUAAAAUAUGCCACACUGUGCCUGCCAGCAUUGAACACAGCCCCUUAACUCACAGUGAAGUCUCCAGUGUCUUCAUGCCUUGAGAUUGAGUGCAGAAACUGUCUUUUAAAUAACUAAUUCAGUUAUUGAUUGAUGUGGGUUUUUUGGGGACGGAAAAAAAAAAGCAGAGGUAGCCCAGUUCAGAAAUAGUAGGGAUUAGUGUAAAUCCCAAUGUCCUUUCAGCUAUACACUGGAAUGCAUUAUACUACUUUAAUGUUCUGUAUUUUUUAUUAUUGGAUACAUUUGAUUUUUCAAGUACAUCUCUCUAUAUAAAUAUAUAAAACAAUGUGCACUGUAAUAAAAGCUAAAUUUAAA